GUUUCCUCUUAAUGACGGAGCAGGACUUCGCUUCGGAGCUCACAGUUCGCUCUCUUUCAGUUGGACCAGUACCCUCAAAUAGUUGCUAGAAUAGUUAUUGUUUUCGCCUCAGUGGAGGACUGUCUUGUCGGACAAAGGAUCGAUUCCCGUGGAUUUGUCCAGAAUGCAGAGCUCGGUGAGCGUGUACCUCCUUCUGUUCAUCUCUUCUGUCAGUGCAGAGGUUGUGGCAAACUUUGAGCUGUGCAAAAAGUACUUUUACAAAGACCAUGUGCCACAGUGGCCUGCUGCCAAUACUCACAUCCACAUCUGCCAGGUGAAUGCCAACAGCUACCGCUUUGCCACCCUGUAUGACACCAUCAACCGUAUUCCCAUCUACUCUGCCUACACAGUUGAGGAAAAUGGAAAAAUUUCAAGACCACGCUGGAUGGUAGAGCCUCAGCUGGUAGAUCAGAACUAUGAAAAGGAAAUGAUGACAGAGGAUUCGCUGAAGUACAAGCAUAAAGUAGAGCCUAAUGUAAUGGGAAAGAGACAGGCAUUAGAUGAGGACUACAAAAAGGCUCCAGAAAAAUACGAUCGUGGUCACCUCAACCCUGACUCACACCACGCAGAUGAUGCUGCCAAAGCCACUUACACCCUGACCAACAUAGUUCCCCAAAAAGACAAGCUGAACCGUGGAAAGUGGAAAGAACAUGAAGACAAACUCAGAAAGUUGUCCAACAAUAACCAAGUCUUUGUUCUGGUCGGUGCAAUUCCAUCUUCGGACAACUGGAUUAAAAUAAAUAAUGAGCCUCGUGUAAACAUCCCUGACUACAUGUGGGUCGCUUACUGCUAUUUUGACAGAGAAUCAAACUCUUUUAAGAGUGGUGGCGCCACAGCAAAGAACACUGAAAACAAGCUCUAUGAGUGCUCCCUGAGAGACCUUCAAGAGUUUCUUCAAGAACACAUUCAACAAGUAGGUCAAUUGUUUCAUGAAGACUGUUAUGAAAAGAAGAGUGCGGGUCCAUCUGGAGCAGGGAUAAAUCCUUGCAACAUAUAACCCAGAAAUAACCCCGUUAUGAGCUCAUAGGGUAAAAUGGCAGCUUUUUGCUAUUUCUACUUUGCAUCCUUUCUUCACUCGUUUUUGCUUUAAACUUUUUUCCCCAGAUGUGUAAAAGAUAAAUAUAUUAAACCAUAACCAGCUGUUUUUUUUUCUUUUCAUUUUGACAGUUACUGUGAUCUUCAAAUGAUUCUUUAACAACUGUUCAUGUCACAUAAAAAUGUCAUCUGAAGAUGUUCAUGGUGCAUUGAAAUCAUACAACAUAUUCCAAAGAUGCAUAAAGGCUGGUGCAUGUUUUCUGGACAAAUACUGAUGUAUUCCUGCACCUCAGCACAUGCCUGAUAUUUUAAUGAUGCUUUUACACUGAGAUAAGACUCGAGUUUCUGCAGCUUGUUGCCUAUUAAAAUCUGAUUAAAUGCUCACAGCA